AUCUAAUGUAUCUAACGAACACUACUAUGGAUUUCUCUCUGAUUGCACCCCCUACACUAGCUAUCUCGUUUCUUAUUUUCUUCUUUCUUCACAAGCUAUUUUUCUCAGCUAAAAAGCGAAGCACAAGUAGAAAUGUACCCGAAGCUGGAGGAGCAUGGCCCAUUAUCGGCCAUCUCCACCUUCUCAAUGGACCUGAGAUGCCUCACAAAAUCUUUGGUCGUAUGGCUGAUAAAUAUGGGCCCAUUUUCCAGUUAAAGCUUGGCGUAAAACAGGUAGUGAUUGUAAGUGAUCACAAAAUAGCCAAAGAAUGUUUCACCACAAACGAUAUGACCUUUGCCACUCGACCCAAAUCCUUAGCUUCGGAUAUCUUAGGCUACAAGUAUGCCUUUUUUUCGCUUGCACCUUAUGGGCCGUACUGGCGAGAGAUAAGGAAGAUUGUCACCAUUGAGUUUUUUUCUGCUCGACGAAUCCAAAUGCUCAAACACAUGCGAGAAUCUAAAGUAAGAUCAGCUGUUAAAAAGAUUUAUAAUAACUGGUUGAAGAAUAAUAAGAGUAGUAAUUUGAACGGUGCUGUGAAGAUGGAGAUGAAGGAGUGGUUUGGGAAUUUAAUUAUGAACACUAUGGUCAAGAUCCUAUUUGGAGUAAGAUUCAGAGGUAAUGAAGAUGAAGAAAGGAGCAAGGCUCUCAAAACAAUUAGAAGAUUUUUUGAAUUGUUGGGGGCUUUUGUUGUGGCUGAUUUUUUACCUUACCUAAGAUGGUUGGAUAUUGGAGACCAUGAGAAGGCCAUGAAAGAAACUGCUAAAGAAAUAGACUUUAUUAUGGAAGAUUGGUUAGCAGAGCACAAAAGGAAAUUAAGGGUAAAUAAAAGUGGGGAUGAAGAAGAUUUCAUGGAUGUCAUGUUGUCCAUUUGUGAAGACAAAGAUAUCCCUGGUGGUUUUGAUGCUGAUAACAUUAUCAAAGCUACUUGUAUGGCUAUGCUAUCCGCAAGUGUAGACACCACCCUGGUAUCUCUGACAUGGACUUUAUCUUUACUCCUAAAUAACUACCAAGCAAUAAAAAAGGCCCAAGAUGAGCUAGAUACUCAUGUUGGCAAGAACAGAUGUGUUCAAGGAUCAGACAUCAAGAACUUGGUUUAUCUUCAAGCUAUUGUUAACGAGUCGUUGCGUUUAUACUCACCUGGACCACUCUUGGUACCUCAUGAGUCGAUUGAAGAUUGCGUUGUUAGUGGCUACCAUAUACCAAAAGGCACUCGCUUAUUAGUGAAUGUAUGGAAGCUCCAUCAUGAUCCUAAAGUAUGGCCAAAUCCACACGAGUUUAAGCCAGAGAGGUUCUUGACGACUCACAAAGAUGUCGAUGUAAGAGGCAAUCACUUUGAGUUAAUUCCAUUUGGUAGCGGAAGAAGAAGGUGUCCUGGAAUUUCUUUGGCCCUUCAAGUUAUACACUAUGCGUUAGCUGUGUUGUUACAGGGGUUUGAAAUUAAGAGGCCUUCAGAUGAACCAAUUGAUAUGAGUGGGAGCUUUGGAUUAUCAAUUCUUAAAGCUUCCCCGCUCGAAGUUCACCUUACUCCACGCUUGAAUUCUAAUCUUUAUGAAUGAAGUGUUGAUAGUUUCACUAAAAUAAGGUUAUAAUUAUGUUAUAAUUUUUCAAUGGUUGCAAUGUUGUAUUUUAUUUUUUAUGCACGUCUUAUGAGAGAUUUUGAUUUUUAUGCAUAAAAGAUAUGAAAAUAAUAUAUAAUAGAUCUUUGUAUGUUCAGUUUUUUUCUCCAUCCAAAUUGUAAUGGCAUAUGUUGUACCAUAUCCUCCGUCGAAUUCUAUGACAAGACUCAAGUGUUAA